CAGCUCCGGUUGGAUGAGCCAAAAAUGGCAACGUAUGGUGACGAGUCAGGAGACAGUUAUUUGUAUUCAUCCUACGGCCCGUACGCGGGCAGAUACCCGCGGGCCAAAGACGCGGGGUGGAAGUACAAGACCUACCUGUCCCCCUACGGGGACACGUCGGACGCCUUCAACAACCACCAGCGCGCGCAGCUCAAGUCCAUCUUAUCGCAGAUCAACCCCAAACUCACCCCGCGGCUCCGGAAGGCCAACACCAAGGAUGUGGCGGUGCAGGUCAACCCGAGGCGGGACGCCGCGGUGCAGUGCUCCAUCGGCCCGCGGACCCUCCUGGCCUGGAAGCGGGACUCCCGGAGCCGCAGGCCGCCGGAGCCCGACAAGGCGCCCGGAGGAGGCGGCGUGCGGUACCCGCGCACCCUCGCGGUGUACUCGCCCGUCGCCUACAGGAGCGUCACCUCCUUCCUGGUCGAUGAAAACAACAACAACAACAACAACAGCAGCAGCGUUGCAGAGGGCUCGUGCGGUGACGCGCCGCCCGGAGAGACCCCCGCUGACCCGCCGGACACCGGGGGGAGGCGCGGCGGGAGGAAGAGCGAGGCCGCGAGGCCCCCGGAGCCCCGCGACAAGACCGAGAGCCAGCAGGGGGGCGAGGAGCCGCCGCUCACUGCGGAGGGGUCAAAGGGCAAGGCGCGCGUGCGGUUCCAGUUCCUGGAGCAGAAGUACGGAUAUUAUCACUGCAGAGCGUGCAACCUGCGCUGGGAGAGCGCGUACGUGUGGUGCGUUCAGGGAACCAACAAGGUCUACUUCAAACAGUUCUGCAGGAAAUGCCAAAAGGACUUCAACCCGUACCGCGUGGAGGACAUCACGUGCCACACGUGCAACAAAGCGCGCUGCUGCUGCGCCAUGACGCAGCGCCACGUGGACCCCAAGCGGCCGCACAGACAGGACCUGUGCGGCCGCUGCAAAGGCAAGCGGCUGUCCUGCGAAAGCACCUUCAGCUUCAAGUACAUCAUCUAGACGUCCGGACAAUCCCACCAACCAAACACCUUUUAUUAUUUCAUGCAACGAAUCUCAACAUUCGUUUCCAGACUUCAUUUCAUGCCUGUUUUGUGUUGAUCGGAUUAAACGCCACGCACAUUUGCAAUAUAAUAAAUGGCUGCCUUGCAUUCUGUGCUAUUAUUUAUGCUCUGCAGAUCCUUUAAUUAUCAAGUGGUACACCAAAUAAAAUGUUCCAACGAC